AUGCUAUACUUCCAACGUCCUCAAAAUUUCCUCACAAUCUUCAUCGCCAUCUAUCUCGCACAAUUCUCUUUGACAGUAACAGCUGUUGAAUGUAUAAUUGGAUUUGGUCAACAAAAAGGAGGACCCGCUCUUUGUAAUGACAAAGACUUUGUUCAAUGGAAAUGUCAAACUCCUUCCUGUAGUAGAGAUGGUCACCUCUGGAUACCUAUGACUUCUUGUUUGUAUAAUGGUGUGGCGGGCUCUGGUGUGAGUAACCAACAAUGCGCGAGUUAUAAUCUCCAAUUCCAAGGCAAUUACGAAUGUAUCAAUCCAGGUCGGAAUCGGUACCUUUGCCCUUAUACCCCCUCUAAUGUUCCCUUCAUUACAUGUACAAGCUGUUACAAAUGA